GCACCGGCAGGGCUGGGGGGGCUGUUAAUAUCCCCCCCCCCGAAUCAACAGUCCCGCAGCCCCGAACCAGGCUGGGCUCUGGAAGAUGACUCAGUUCAUCCUCACCCGCUUGCUGUUGCCAUGGUUUCCAUUCACAGGCGGCGGGGGUGGGGGGGAGUGAGCAGCACAGAGAACAAGUGGAUCCCUCAGCUGGGUUCCUGCACCGGGACCGACCCCGAAUCCGCCGGAUCCAAGAGGCUACCCCAGAACCAGGCCCAGGUCUGCGUGGAGCCCCGAGUGGCAGCUGGGCCUCGUCUCCCUCACCACCCAGAUGCCCCCUGUGCCCCGGCUCUAUCCCGGGCUGAGGCCUUUCUCCGGCCACCCCAGGCUCUGCAGCCCAGCCAGGCAGCGGCGACUGGAGAGGAAGCUGCUCCUGGGAUCGGGGGACGCCUCCCUGCGAAGCCGCCAGGGGCUGGAGCCGUGACCCCGAGCUGCCCUCGCUCCAGGGGUUGAGAUCUGCCCUGGCCUCACCCCCACGCGCACAGACGGGGACAGCGACGGGGGCGUCCGCUGGCCCCUCCAGAGGCGGAUGGGCAGCCGGUGACCUGAGUCCAGGCGGCCGCCUCGCCAGCCCGGGUCCACGCUGAGCCGUGGCGCCGUGGGACAGGACCGGCUUGUCCCCAUGGAAGCCCUGGGGAAAUCCACCCUGUGGCUCUGCGGGGAGCUGGCGUCCCCGGCUGCCCGGCUGCACAUCCUGGAUUGCCGCAGCCGGGAGCGCUACGACUCCUGCCACGUGGCCCGGGCGCUGAGCGUGGCCUUGCCGGGGCUGCUGCUGAGGCGGCUGCGCAAGGGGAAGCUGUCGGUGCGGGCGCUGCUCCCGCCCGCGCCGGGCGCCGUCCUGCUGUACGACGAGGCCACGGCCACGCUGCCGCGCUGCGGCCAGGAGUCGGUGCUGGCCACGCUCCUGCGCAAGCUGCGGGAGGAAGGCUGCACGGCGUAUUACCUGCAAGGGGGCUUCUCCAAGUUCCAGUCCGAGUGGCCAGAUCACUGCGAGACCAGCCCGGAGGUGCCCGGCGCCAGCAGCUCCCCCGCUCCUACAGGGACCCCGGUGGUGGGGCUGGGGGGGCUGAGCCUGGGCUCGGACGGGGACUCGGGACCCCUGAGCGGCGGGGGGGGGGACUCGGAGGCAGCCAGCCCCCCGUCCUACCCGGUGCAGAUCCUGCCUCACCUCUACCUGGGCAGCGCCCGAGACUCGGCCAACAUGGAGACGCUGGCCCGGCUCGGCAUCCGCUACGUCCUCAACGUCACCCCCAACCUGCCCAACCUCUUUGAGGAGCAGGGCGGCUUCCGCUACAAGCAGAUCCCCAUCUCGGACCACUGGAGCCAGAACCUGGCCCGCUUCUUCCCGGAGGCCAUCGCCUUCAUCGACGAGGCCGUGUCCCAGAACUGCGGCAUCCUUGUUCACUGCCUGGCGGGUGUGAGCCGCUCGGUGACGGUGACGGUGGCCUACCUCAUGCAGCGCCUCAACCUGUCGCUCAACGACGCCUACGACCUGGUCAAGCGCAAGAAGGCCGACAUCUCGCCCAACUUCAACUUCAUGGGGCAGCUGCUGGACUUUGAAAGGGAACUGGGGCUGGCCGAGGGAUCGCCAGCGACCCCCGGAGCCCCCGACGGCCACGGCCAGACACCCACCUCCUCCCCAGGCUGCUUCUUCACGCCGCCACCCUCCGAAUGUGAGCAAGAGGGUGGCAGCUUCCAGCGUUACCCCACGUAG